AUGGCUCAAAACUUCGUGCUUCAGCAUACAUACCCGCGACAUUCCGAAAAAUGCAAAACAGGCUCCAUCCUAUGGACGCUUCGGCAAGGUCGAUUCAAUCAAAACUUCGACGCGGCAGUCGUUGUUCUUCGAUACCUGUACAGCAUGGUACACUCCGACUUUCGCAAGGACUUCGAAGACCCAUCGACCACCGUAACACAGUCUAUCCUCCGAUACGAGAUCAGCAUGUUCGAGUAUAGCGUGGAUUCAGAGACUGGGGACGAGUACACUGAGCUCUUCGACGAUCCGGCCAUCAUCCGAGUCGAAUACAAGCAUACUACCGACUCCAAGCCUCCCGCAACGUACCGAGAUCUCCGUGAGAUUCAGGUGAGGCCGCGCAGAAUGAAGGAUGAGGUCAAGGAUGGCUAUGGCUGA